GGCACUUUGAAUGUGGGUCCCUCGACACUAUGAUUUUAAUGCUGACAUAAGUUUUGGAUACUAAUGUUGAAUAUCAGCGGAUAGUUCUUAAUUUUCUUUCUGUGAAGUGGGGUCCUUUCAUAUAGUGUUUCAAUUUCCUUCUAAGAUGCCUUCUUUUUCUACCAUAUGUUUCCUAUAUUUCAUCCUUCUACACCCUUCUUGUUAAACUAUUCUCAGCUAUUCUACUAACAUGUGUACUGUACUUCACACUCUCCACAGCUCCACAUUUCAUUCCCUCACUCCUCAUUGUUUUACCCAUCCAACAUACAUUAGCUACUUUUCAGAAAACAAAAGCAAAUUUACACUGCUUAUACUCUUAAGGACAACCCCUUCCUGUUCAAAUUUCAGUUCCAUAUGUCAGGGCUGGGAGUAAGCAUUGUAUAUUAUCUCUUGGCCCUUUCUUAACUCAUACUAACUUUCCUGCCUUUCAUUAUAAUAUUCACCUCUCCUACCACUCUUCUUCCACUUAUUAUCCACUCUUAUUUCACUUAUUAUCCACUCUUAUUUCACUUUCCAUAUUCCAGUUUUUAUUAAAUAAUGCCUCUGAGUAUUUACAAUUUAGUGCCUCUUUCAGUCUCUCUUACCUCAUUUUAUUAUCUCACUAUUACUGCUCUCAAACAUUUACUUUUUCCUACAUUUACCUUCAACAUUCUUCACUAUAAAACUCGGUCAUCAUUUUUUAUAAUUCCUCCUAACUCUCAGGUGAUCUUGACUUUAAUUCCCUAUCAAGGUCAUCCACUGAUGAUAGGUCCGUGAAAAGAUAAAAAGGUUUUGGCAAAGAUUUAAGUAAGCAGUAAAGCAAAGCAUUUUAAUAUUUGUAUUUAGCACUAAAAGUAGAAUAUUAAAAGCUUUGAACAAUAUGAAAUUCUAUAUUGGUAUUUUUUUCGGUUAGGCUAGUCUAUCGAGACAAUUUGAUAGAGUGGACACCAUAUUCUGGUUCACUAAGAAUUUGUGGGUUAGCCAAUUCUUUCCAACCUACUAAGAGUUCUGGUUCACCAUGAUUCAUUCGAGCAAGUUUCCACUGUAUGCGAGUAACAACUAAGCACAAGAGGGAAACUGGGAAUCCUUACUCAAAUAGUGGGGAAUGGUGACUCAUUUCUUUACUCGUUAACAAGACUAAUUACUUGUACUAGUAUGUUCAUUAUUAUAUUUUAUAUAUUACAGUAUUUUGUAUUCGUAUGAGAGCUCCUUACCCUUUGACCUUUUUCAUCUUCUUACAGGCAGUGCUAUACUCAUUUAAUGAAUUGUAUUUUUUUCAGAAUUUAAUAAUGGGAGCCAUUCACGGGAAAGGUCGGUUCAAGUGCAGUGAUUGUCAUCAGCCUUUUUCUUGGCGUUUAGAUCUUGCUGAACAUGUUAAGCAAUGUAAAACUCUCCAGCAAAGAAAAAACAAGGAUCAGCAGGCAGAGUAUUAUCUGUUGGAGUCAUGUUUCCUCUGUGGCUGCCAGCUGUCUGGGGUACAGUCUGAAGAGGCAUCUUUUGUCAAAGGUCUCCAAAAGCUCUUUCACUCAAAAAGGUCAUUUAUAGAGGUACUGGAAAUAAUUGUUCAAGAUCCUUCCUUAGCCUACCUAGACCAACACACCAUUGGUCUCUGCAAGGAUUGUAUGAAUGCUGUUAACAAAUGGGAUGAGAUGGAGCAACAGAUAUUAACUAUUGCUAAAUCACUCUACAAUUCAUACAGAUUAAAAGGCAGAAAAGGUGGCACAAAACACUUGCCGAAGAAAAUAGUAACAGACAGUAAAGAGCAGCAAAAGAUGAUUAUUGGAAGUGUAAAUGAUGCAGAGAAUGAGGAGGAUGAAGUAAAUGCUGAUGACCAUGAGUCAGCAAUUCUUGAAGGAAUUGUGAAGCAGGAAAAACCAUCAGAUCUGGCUGGCCAGUAUGAUACAUUCCAAGAUUGUAAACAAAAGGAAUAUACCUGCGACUGUGGAAAGACUGUAAGAGGCCUUGAUGUAUUUGUGGAGCAUCAGUUACGUGAAGGAUGCAGGGUCAAGAUUAAUGAGUACUCUUGCAAGUAUUGUGGCUCUGUAUUUGCUGAAAAAAAAUUGUUGAUUGUCCACAAGAAAGCGUGUAUUGAAGCGUCUUUGAUCAAUGGAGCCCAUGAAUGUGACAUCUGUGGCAGAAGAUUUCUGGUUCGUGGUCGAGUAGAAACUCAUAAGAGAAAUGUCCAUAGCAUUGGGACUUCUCACAAGAGAAAUGUCCAUAGCACUGGGACUGGUGACCAACAGUUAUGCAGUUAUUGUGGUCGCACAUUUGGGUCAAGCUAUAACAUGAAAAAUCAUCUUGCUCGAGAACAUGGUAUUGGGCAAAUUGAAGUGGUUGUCUGUGAGUUAUGUGGUGGGAAAUUUUCUGAUCAUUCAAGUUUACGUAACCACAUGAAAAACAUUCAUGGGGAGCGGAAGUAUUCAUGCGAGACCUGUGGAAAAAUGUUUGCUACUCCUGGCAUGCGCAAUCAUCACAUAAAUGAGAUGCAUAAUAAUACUUACAAUUAUGAAUGCAACUUAUGUGGUGAACAGUUCCAUGUUAGUUUCAAAUAUAGGUAUCACAUGCGGAAAAUGCAUAACACUCUUCAGUAUGCUUGUGAUGACUGUGGACGAACCUUUAUCAUGCGCAGUGACCUCUUCCGACAUGUUCGUGGUGUUCACAUGGGAAUACGUGAUCCCAAACGCUAUCCAUGUAAAGUCUGUGGUCGACUCUUUCCCAGUAAAUAUAAGGUUGUACGUCACAUGAGCAGCCAUGGAUUCUUGGCAUCUAAAGUUGACAAGAACAUAUUAGAACAGCAUGUUACUCAAGCUGAUUCUGCUAACACUCAACACGAACAGAAUGAAUCAGUUGUUACCGCAAGACUGACUGAGGUAUCUACAGACAAUAGCGAUGGAACAAGUAUUGAUGUCCAUCAGCUUCCAGUUUCUGAAAUAUACUCUGGACCUCAUAUCACAACACUCACACCUGAAAUACUACAGAGUGGGGUGACCCAAGACAUGGUUGCAACAGAAACUAUGGUUGUUGGUUCAAUGUCAAGCAUUGUAGUCUCUACAUCAUCCAUCCCAGAGAGUAUCACAGCUGAGCUUCACCAUCCCAACCAUGAACCUCACCACCACCACCAGAAUCAUCAGGAACCACACCAUCAUGAGCAAACACCAGACCCUGAUCAGCAUUUUCGCAGAGGAAAUUCGUUAAUGCAACAGUCUUUAACUUCAUCCAUCAUUCCAGUGCAACAAAUGAUUGUGAUCCAAGACUCGGUCACUCUUCCAGGUCAUAGUGAAUUUUCUGUUCCAACACCAACAAGUCAAGUCAUCUCUGUUCCACAGUCUACAAGCCAGGUAAUAUCUGUUCCACCAGGUUCAGGACAAGUCAUAUCUGUUUCUCACUCAAAUAGCCAGGUCAUCUCGGUUCCAACAGUCAGUAGCCAAGUUAUUUCUGGCACUAUUAACACACCUCAAGCUUUUGCUGUGCCUCUACCUCAACAUACAAAUCAAGUCAAUAGUCAACAAAAGCUUCCUGCAAUACAUUAUCAGUAUUUUUCUUCCUAAAAUAGUUUAUUUAUCAAAGAUGUGUUUUACAGAAAGUAUAAUCUAUUUCAGAUUUAUUGACAGUAAAUGACGUUAUUUUUUAAUCCUCCAAUUGUCAUUAUCCAAUGUCAGUUGUAGGAAUGAAGGUGCUCUGUUGAAGUAGAUGUAGAGGAACAAAAAGUAUUUGUACAUUCUGUAGUUACCAAUAAACAUUAAAGAGUUUAACAUGAAUUGUUUUAAUUCUACAGUCGGUGACUAGUAAAGAUAUCAGAACAAUAUGUGAACAUUAAUAUUAAAGUGUACAUGCAUUUAUCCAAAAAUUUGUAAACUUUAUUAAUGUAUAAUUUAACACAUACAGUAGUGCAUAUUUGCCUACAAUUUCAUAUUAAAAUCAUAAGGUAAAGACAUUUCUAAUACAAUAUUGUGUUACAAAAAAUUAAACUUUAAAGAAAUAAA